AUGAAUGAAUAUGAUUCGAUUGAUAAAAUCUUUCUCAGCAUUAAUGACUUCAUUAUUGACUAUGUUAAAUUAAUCGUUGACACAAAUGAAAAUUCAAAUGAAUCGAAUAGAAAUAUGUUAACUAUUAUAUUAAAUAAACAAGAUUUUCUGUUAUCAGCAACUUUCAAUGAAUUUUCAUUAAGAGCACAUGAACUACAAAAUUAUUUGAAAAUUUACAUAAGAAAUCUUGCGCAACAACGACGAAAUCAUAUUGCCAAAGGCAUUGAAUUCGUUGAUAGUCAAAUAGAAAUACAUCAGUUUGAUGAUGAUUUUAAAGAUAGUUUAGAACAACUACAAACCGAUAGGGCAGAUAAGACGAUUCGAUGCAUACGAACGAUUAUUAAUGAUUUUGAAUUAUUUGAUAAUAUUCAAACAAGUAAACAUUCUCUUAAUAUUACAUUUCGUCUAUUACCUAUUUUAAAACAUAUUCAAAAGCAGUUAUGCUGUAUUUCAUUAAAUAUUCAGAAAAUACUUGAUGAUAAUACACAUGUCAUCGAAAAACAUUUGAGAAGAAUCCAACAAAAAAUUAAUUCUUAUGAACUGAAUAUGAAAACUAAAUUAACAAAAUUUAUUGCAAGUGACAUUCGACCUCCCGUACUCGUUAUUCCUUGUCCGAACAGCACAUAA